CACAAAAAGGGAGAGUUGAAGGAGUUUGGCUUGAGGCUUUUUUUGUGUCUCUGCUGUUAAAGCCUCUUUGGACUUCCAAAAAUUCAUCAUGGACCCCGAACACACUUGUUUGGAUUUGUAGAAUCAAACUGGAACCUGACAAAGGUGCCACUCCUCCUCCCUCCCUGUGUGUUACUUAUUGGAGUAUUUGUACUCUCACUGAUCUUCCAAAUAAGUAGCAUCAGCACCUGUCAGGCACCUGUGUGGACCUGGUCUUCUUUGGGGCAGGACCUGGAACGUCAGAGAACGCAUCGAGGUUUGGUCCCAGUAGCAAGAUGUGUUCACAAAAUCAGACUUUGUCUCUGUCUGUGUUCCUCAGGGAUCCAGCUGCUGGCCUGGAUGCCACGGUGGACUAUGUUAAGUUCUCCAGAGAUCAGUUCAUCCUGGACUGUCCCUCAGAGAAGCUGCGCAGAGAGCUGGAAGAAGAACUGAAGAUGAACUGCGAGGAACCCCGAAGCCAUGCGUGGUACCACGGAGCGAUACCGAGACAGAUCGCUGAAACCUUGGUACAGCGUGACGGAGAUUUCCUGAUCCGAGAUUCUCUUUCCAGUCCGGACAGUUAUGUUCUGACGUGUCAGUGGAGAAAUGCAGCUCAGCACUUUAAAAUCAAUAAGAAGGUGGUGCUGCUGAACGAGGCCUACUCCAGAGUGGAGUACCGGUUGGAUCGGGAAGGCUUUGACAGUAUUCCUGCUCUCAUAAGAUACUAUGUUGGGAACAGGAAACCCGUCUCCCAGGUGGUCGGAGCGAUUAUCUUCCAGCCGAUUAACCGAAGUUUGCCUCUACGCUGCGUGGAAGAGAAGUUCAGGCUGACGAGCAACCACAGGGAGGCGGGGCUAGUGGUGCAGGAGAGGCGGAGUAAGAAACGACUCAGCCUCAACCUUACCAACGGACACACGCAUGAGAAUGCGCACUCGGUGCAUGAGAGCGUGCACUGUCAGGACAACAUCAUGGGUCGAAACGGUCACCUCAGGUCGAUGGAUCGUUGCGGCAGCCAACCAGCAAGCCUCAAUCACCUCCAAGAGAGGCGACGCCCACUCAAGGCACACCAGUCGGAGAGUUUCCUCCCACUCACUUCUAAACCACAGCUCCAUCAGCCUGCUGACCAUCCUGAUCCUCACCUCGCCAGUCCCGGCUCCAAGUCCCCAGUCUUCCGGACGGGCAGCGAGCCGGCUCUCAGCCCCUCAUUUCCACGGAGAUCUACGGAGCCUCUGGCAGGACAUGCCAUCUGCGGCUCCGACAGCCAGAUCUCCCCUAAACCGCCUCCCAAACCCAGUAAGGUGCCGUUGGUUCGGCCGCCGUGCCUGCAGCCCCUCCUCUCUCAGGACUCCGCCUCCAGCUCCUCCCACCUCGCUGCAUCUCCUCUCCACCCCACAUGUACACCAUCUCCAGAUUCUGUGCGGAGGAGUGACGCGAUCACGGGGCCGCCGCCUCCUCCAGUCAAACAACUGAAGUUCCAGCAUAAGCUCCGCCCUCUGGACAUUCAUGGCUCCCCUGGUUCCGUAGUUUCACCAGCUGAAGACACUACGGGUCGAACCGAGCGGCUACAGCCAAACCCGGCAGAACAGAUGCCUGACAGCUCGCUGGAGUGGGCGGAGCCAUGUCCUGCCAGCCCUGUUACAGACCACACCCCCAAACUUCAGCUGCCACUCCCCCUCUCCAGCUAUGUGGAGAGACUGAGGAGAGAGAGCGAGAGAGGAAGAGGGGAGGAAGAGAGAGCACUUGACAGAAGCUCCUAUCAUCACGCCAUCAAAGCCUUAGAGAACACCAGCGAGGAGGAAGAAGAGGAGGAGGAGGAGGAGGAACACAAAAAGAGGGAAAAGCAAAGGCGUAGGUUCAAGCUUCCCGUGGUGGAAACAGAGUCCACCUUCCGUCCAGCAGAUUUUGGAUCUCGGCUGCUGCCGGCGGAGAACAAACCGCUGGAAAUGGUUGUUCUGAAGAAAGUGAAGGAGCUGCUGCUCAGCCACAAUCACCACAGCAUCGCCAGACACCUACUGAUGGCAGACUGCCAGGUUGCCAGGAUACUCGGCCUGUCUCCGGAGCUUAAAGGUCAAAUGGGCGUGGCCUCUGGCCUGGAGCUGGUGACUUUGCCGCACGGCCGACAGCUGAGACUCGACUUGAUGGAAAGGCACCACACCAUGGCCAUCGGCGUUGCUGUGGAUAUUCUGGGCUGCACAGGGAGCGUGGAGGAGCGGGCCGCCACGUUAAACCGCAUCAUCCUUGUGGCGUUGGAGCUGAAGUACACGGUGGUCGACCUGUUCGCGUUCACGGCCCUGAUGAAAGCUCUGGACCUACCGCAGAUCAGCCGUUUGGAGGAAACGUGGACGGCUCUACGGAGGAACUACACACAGACCGCCAUCAGCUAUGAGAAAACGCUCAAACCUUUCUACAAAAACCUCUAUGAGGGCACAGGUACAGUCUGUACUUCCUCCUCGUCUGUCAUCUGCAUCCCGCUCCGGCUGCCCCUCCUCACACAUGAGCGUCCAUCAAUCGCACCAGAGGGGGCGGAGCUUUGGGAAACCAGUGACCAGGGUUGUGAUAUCAUGCUGCGCCACCUUGAGGCUGCCCGUGAUAUGGCAGAAAAUGCACAGAGCUACACAGCUAAUGCGCAGAAGGCUUUAGAAGGGAUUCAACUUGACGAAGACCUGCUGGAAGUGUUUAAGACGGACGUCCAGCUGCGGCUGCUGUGGGGAAGCCGUGGCGCCGCAGUCAACCAAUCAGAUCGCUACAGUAAAUUCACACUGAUCCUCACUGCAUUAUCGCGGAAACUGGAGCCCCCGCCCACCUCGAUAUGACGACAUGCAAACGAGGACACGGCCUUGAGACGCUUCUCGUGGAACGUGCAGCGGGCACCCGCUACAACCGAACCAGGAACGCGCAGAGCGCGGACUGAAGCACAGAUCAGAAACGGUUCGUUCCAUCACCGUGUGAUGCGGCACGAUGUUCUACGCCAUUUUCAGCGUGGCCAUUAGCAGCGCCAGCAGUCAUGAUGUAGCACUGAUUUACUUUUAAGGGAAUGUCUUCGGAUGGACACUUUUAAACCUGCGAAAAAUCUCAAACAUCGCGAUACAGCUAACAGAGCGUAGCUAGCUAAAUUCUAUAAAGGUUUGUUUUUUAAAGCUUUUCUCAGAUACUUUGAGACAAAUGCCAUUAGAAGAAACAUUGAACAGAGAUAAUAU